GAGCUAGUCCACGCGCCCGAUCGUCUCUUCUUCCUCCUCCUCUUUCUGGAGGAACAAGAAGAGUCGAGUUCUUUCUUCCAUCUCACGGCUCGGCUCUGCUCUCGAUCGAUCUUCCUUGCGCAUGCCAUCCCCUGCUCUCUGCGCCUCCUCCGCCGCGCGAUUCCUGCUGCCGCUGCCGCCGCCGGCCUCCUCUGCGCUACUGCUCGCUGCAGCUGCCGUCGCGCCCAAGAAGGAGAGGCUGUUCUCGACGGGCAUGGCGGAAGAAGCCAAGGGGACGAAGCCGGCCGGGGGCGUGGCCGAGCGCAUCAUGCCGCACCUCCUCAACAUGUAAUUGCUGCUUCACUUGCUCAACCUAUUCCUAAUCUGCUCUGCUCUGCUUGGAUAUACGGGUCUCGCGCCACGGCCAAGGACUUUGACAUCUACGCGCCGCACGCCACCUUCGAGGACCCGCUCAUGCGCGCCCACGGGGUGCAGCAGAUCAAAUCAGCCUUCUACACGCUCCCCAAGGUGUUCGCUGAAUCCAGAAUCGUCGAGUACACGGUCCAGGAGAAGGCCACCGGGCCGGGCAAAUCCGAGUUACUGAUCGACAACAAGCAGCACUACAGGGUAUUCGGCAAAUCCGUGGACCUGGCGUCGCUGAUCACGCUGAACCUCGAGGACGGGAAGGUGGUGAGGCACGAGGACUGGUGGGACAAGCAGCCGCUCAAGAACAGGGACACCGUGAGCCUCCCGGUCGCCGGCCGCCUCGCGGAGGCGAGCCGCCGGGGCGCCAUGCUGCUCACCCACGCCCUCAUGCGCUUCGGCAAGGAUCCCCCAACCCCGCCGUGAUCUCGAUCUAGCAACUGCUCAAUCGUCGCCUGUUACAAGAGAUGGCUUGCAGCUUGUUCGUCAGUGUCAAUUUGAUUUUCUCUUUUUUCCAGUGUUAAUUUUGGAACUUGACAAUACGCGUCAAUAAGAAAGCUAUCUGGGUGGGUCAAAUUAA